CAGUCGUUCGCUUGACUUUAGUCUAGUCGUAUAUCGCGCGCACUCAUAUCCAUCAUCACACACAUCCAAAUAAAAGUGUGCAAUUAUUCCGUUAGUGAAUCAAGUAAACGAGAUUUCGCGUCGUCCGUACAUCUUCACCGAGUGUUUGUGUUGCAGUUCAGUUUCUGUGCGUUUCCAAAUUACCUAAAUGGAAUAGCUCAAUCUUUUGGAAAGAUGGUCAAGGUUAUCUGCUGAGGUUUUGCGUUCUCUCCAGGGCUUUUUUCUUUCUUUUCUUAUUGUGAGUGUGGGUGCGGCGAUUUCCGUCAAUCCAUCAAAACGUCGUGCGCGGACGUCUUCACCAUGGGGUGCACCGUUUCGGCGGAGGAGAGGGCUGCACAAGCCAGAAGCAAGAAGAUUGAUCAGACCAUAAGAGAGGAUGGAAUCAAAGCGCGAAAAGACGUCAAGCUGCUCCUCCUAAAUUAUUCACGAAAGUGGCUUUACAAGUGAGGACUUUAAGCAAUAUCGACCGGUCGUCUACAGUAACACCAUACAGUCUCUGGUCGCCAUCCUGAGGGCGAUGCCUAAUUUGAGCAUUAGCUAUGGGAAUAACGAGCGAGAGAUUGAUGGUAAAAUGGUGUUCGAUGUUAUCCAACGUAUGGAAGACACCGAACCGUUCUCGGAAGAACUUCUCGCUGCCAUGAAGAGAUUGUGGGCGGACAACGGCGUCCAAGAGUGCUUCGGACGUUCCAAUGAAUACCAACUUAACGAUUCAGCAAAAUACUUCCUCGAUGAUUUAGAUAGACUGGGUGCUAAGGACUACCAACCAACAGAACAAGAUAUCUUGCGUACAAGAGUAAAAACCACCGGUAUAGUGGAAGUGCACUUCUCCUUCAAGAAUCUAAACUUCAAACUGUUCGACGUAGGUGGUCAGAGGUCGGAGAGGAAGAAGUGGAUCCACUGUUUCGAGGAUGUAACUGCAAUCAUCUUCUGCGUGGCGAUGAGCGAAUAUGACCAGGUUUUGCACGAAGAUGAGACGACGAAUCGAAUGCAGGAGAGUUUGAAGCUAUUUGACUCAAUCUGCAACAACAAAUGGUUCACGGAUACUUCGAUCAUUCUGUUCUUGAAUAAGAAGGAUUUGUUUGAGGAGAAAAUCAGAAAAUCGCCUUUAACGAUAUGCUUUAACGAGUUUGCCGGUGCCCAAGAAUACGGCGAAGCCGCCGCGUACAUCCAAGCCCAGUUCGAAGCGAAGAACAAGUCUACAACCAAAGAAAUCUACUGCCACAUGACGUGCGCAACGGACACGCAUAACAUCCAGUUCGUGUUCGACGCCGUCACCGACGUCAUCAUCGCCAAUAAUUUACGUAACUGCGGUCUCUACUAAUAAAGGACGACGUCUCACAAGCGACACAAACAGCAACAAGCAACAAAAAUAUUACAAACAAAACAAAACAAAAAUAAUAUAUAUAU